AUGUUCAGAGUUCUUCGACCCACCACGCCCGAUUUCGCAACGUUCUCAACCAUUGUGUCUAGAGAUAGUGAAGAAGAUCCUCCGAAAGCUCGAAGCACUGACCUGGGACAAGAGCUAGAGGAGCAAGAGAGUGCGGGGAGGGUUGAGGUAGGUAAUGGUGGGGAGGUGGGGUUAACAGAGGUCAGUGCUCCCCCGCCAUUCCCCUCUCUCUCGCCUCUUUCUCUUUCUAGUCUAGAUACAACCACGGCCUUCUAUAUAAUACCUAUCCCUUAUCCAUUCCUCAAAACAGACCUAUUUAUAAAAUAUAACCUCCUUCUGAAAUAA